GAGGCGCCCGGUGUCUUUUGCGAUUUUUUCGUUUAUUUUCUUUCAGAUAUCCUCGUCUUACGAACAAGUAAAUACGACUGUUGAAAAGAGUUCAAAUGAUCCACUAUCCACAGACAGCAGAGUUAGUGAAAAAUGUCAUUAUCUUGGAUGAGGCUGCCAAAAACCGCUUUUAUUUCGAGUCCAUUCGAUUCACAGAUGGAGCUGCUGGCAAGAGUCAGAGUGCCUUGUAUGGGGAGAUGAGCUCACCAUUCGGUGCUGAGGAGCAGAUCAGACCACCCCUGCAGGCACAUGAAUGGGAGCCAGAAUCUGCUCCGAGGAGCAGGCGAAAUUUGCUGCAGUAUGCAGGAAUCAUGCCCUACUCUCCUCUGAAUGUAGUUUACAAUGGCAAAACCUGCAUCCUUUUUAGGGCCAGGAAGCUGGCCAUCAGGUACAGGAACCAUACUUUAGUGGAUCUUACUGAGCGAGCUUUUGGUCCUGAUGCAACAGUGGACACCAAAGGUUCAUUCUGCAGCAAAGACAAGGCCACACUUAAUCUACGGUUUGGAGAUGUGGACGACCUCAGAGGACUUUCCAUCAGAUUGCAGUUGUCCAACACUUUCUAUGAGUCAGCAGGACAGAACUGGUUCAUGCUAGACAGCGUUCACAUCCAUUACAACUGGACGCAUGAGGCUACGUUCAACGCCUCUGUUGUCUAUGCUCCUUCCACCAACUCCUACCAUUGCCAACAUGUCAGCAGCCUCCAGAAAUACGACACGCUGCUAGUGCCCAGCUCCAAUACUGACAGCUCAGCAAACUGGCAUAUAACAUUCACAGACUUCCAGAUUCAAGCAUUCAAUGUCCAGUCCAACAAGUUCUCUGUGGCCAGUGACUGUGGCACUUUCUUCACCCCUGCCAUCCUCAUGGGCCUCAUCACCUCGCUGAUCUUGCUGCUUGUUCUUGCCUACGCCCUGCACAUGGUGGUCCACCUCAAGCACAUCGACCGCUACGAGGAGCACAAGACCACUGUCUACUUCCCCCGGAGCACGGAGGCCGAUUGCACAGAGAAGAACAACCUUUAGGCCUUUGGGAUCCACCCAAGUUUCUCCCCUGCCAUCGUCCCAGCAUAGAGGUGGAAAACCUGGGCAAAGCACCAAAGCCUGUACACUCUGAGCCAGCAAUGGGAGGAUCAAGGAACCUCUUUUGCAGAUUUUUGCGCUUGACUGUGCUACUACUGUCGUAGGACAGUGGUGGGACAGUGAGAGGCCAAAGCAGAUCGCAAUGAGAUUUUUACAGGCUCGGAUGUUGCAGUGGACUGGGAGAUGUUGGGAUUCACAUCUGCCAGCAUUUACUGAAAAUAUUUCCACCAGUGGCUUUGCAAGUGUUCGGUGUCUGAAAAAAAACUUCAGAUUUUUGAAUGAAAUUCAAAUUAGCACAAUAUCUGGUGUAUCUUGAAUUUGUAUUAUGCAGAGCCAUGACAAAGUGUUUGCUCCCUCUCUGAAUUCCUGACUUUGUGCACAUUUCAAACACUGAAUGACAUCCAAGCUGAAACCAAGACCUAAUAAUGCACAAAAAGAACCCUGAGGGAGCCAAAAACACAUUACAUAGUUUAUGUAUUUAUUAAGAAAUUAUAUUCAACACACAAUUCCCCUUUGUGAAAAGGUGAUUACACCCUUACUUUUAAUAGCCCCUUAAUAGCAACCAUAAGUUUCUGUAGUCGGUAAUUAGUGUUUCACAAUGUCAUGAAAGAACUGUGGCCCACUCCUCCAUGGAGAACUGCUUCAGCCCAGUUACAUUUGUAGGCUUACGAGCACAAAUUGUGCAAUUCGGGUCUUGCCACUACAUUUCAAUAGCUUUUGGAUCUCAACUUUGACCUACAUUUCAAUUUGUAUUUAACUAUUGGCAGGUAGACGUGCUUGUGUGUUUUGGAUCAUUGUCAUGUUGCAUGACCCAUCCUGGCUUCAGCUACAGCUCAUGGACAGAUGACCUGACAUUCUUUUGAAGAAUUCUCUGAUAGAGAGCAGGAUUCAUAGUUCCAGUAAUGGCAUAGUUCCUGUAAUGGCAUAGUUCCUGCAAGGUAUCCAAGUCCUGACGUAGCAAAGCAUCCCCAAGCCACCUCACUACCACCAUAAUUCACAGAUGGUAUGAAGUCACUUUGAAAAGGAGUGUUGGCUUUUCACUAGACAUAAUGGGGUCCAUGUCAUCCAAAAAAACCUCACUAGAGAUUAAUUUGUCCAUAACACAUUGCUCCAGAACUCUCCUAGAUGUUCCCAAGAUCAUCUGGUUUCUUGGCAAAUUUGAGAUGAGCAUUUAUAUUCCUCAU